AAGGCAUGCAAGUUGAUGAAAGUGACUCGAGAGGCAGAGGAAGCCGCGGUGCUCACCUAGUUGGUUUUUAACGGCGGAUGCUCGCCGGUAUCACAACAUCAGAGCUCACCGAGGGCGCGCGGAAAGUUCACCUCAAAGUCUGUCUGUGUGGGAAUGCACGCCCAUGUGUGCUCAGUCUGUCUGUCUAAUAGAGUGACCCCCCAGCGCGCAGUUUAAAGGGAAGACAAGAGAGCUGAGUCAACGUAUCACAAGGAGAACGAUGCAACAGUUGACGUGCGCAAGUUGCAGUUUUCUUGUAUUUGGAGGCACGCGGUGGACGGGGGCUUUGAUCUGUGGGGAAGAAAGAUCGGAUGAUUUGUUGUGUUAAACCCCCUCAUCUGUCAGAUAAACCGAGCAUUAUACAGAAAGAUCUUCCCGUUUAAAAAGCAGUAGGUUGUCUACUCGCGCGUCUUUCUCAUUAAAAUGGACAUUUGGACAGAAACGCAUUUGGAGGGACUUGCUCUGCUGGAAUGAAGUUGGAGUGGAUUUCGGAUGGUCUGCGACGGUGAGUAGCAGUGCAGUCUGCACCAAUAUGCAUCGGAUUCUGCAGAGGAGGCGAGUGCGCAAGCUGCGGGUCUUCUGGGCUUCUCUGGCCCUGGUGGCUCUGUCUCUGGCCGCAUGCAGCGCGCUUUUUACGGCAUGGACUUGGCGACAGACGCGGGACUUGUCUCAGUCCUUUAAGAUCCUGCAGGACCGAAUGGAGCAGGUCAAUACACAGAGGAAGGCCAUUGUUCAGCUAAUUCUGGAGAAGAGAGAGCUGCUGGUGGGGCAGCGCGUGAAGAGAGAUGGGGGGGCGCUGCGAGGGAGGAAUGGAAAUGGAAAGAAAGCGGCGUCUCAUUUUGAGAUAACCAAAGUCUCUUCUCAGCAAGUGGGAGAGGGUGGUGUGAUAAAGGGUUGGGAAGAGAGGACGUUGAAUAUGAGCAAAGCGGUGAGGUACAACAAGGAACAAGGCACCUUCACUGUGGAGAAAGCGGGCGUCUACUUCCUGUUCUGCCAGGUGUUGUUCAACGAGCAGCAGUCUCAGUAUGUGAAGCUGGAUGUGGUGACCAUAGGCCAGAGGCCUCAGAAGUUGCAGUGCAUGGAGGGUUAUGGGACGACUCCGUCCGCCGGGCCGCACCCGUUCCACUUCCUGAAGCCCUGCCAGGUGUCCGGCCUCCUGCGACUGGACAAAGGCACGGAGCUGCAGGCCAUCACGGGCUCGUCCUUCAGACUCCAUACUCUGGGCAAUCCUUCAGCCUCGCCUCACAUCUUCAGCAUCUUUAAAGUGAACUGAAUUGUGGAAUUUCUUUGUCUUUUUUUUUUUUUUUACACAAACUCAUCUAAGAACAACAACUUUCCUUCGUAUGGAUGAGUGUUUUUUUUUUCCUUCUACAUGGUAAAAACAGUCAUGAGCAGUCUGGGCAUCACAUCAUUCCACAGCCUCCCCCUAAAGAUGUCUACUUGACAGACAAAUCAAACAUUUGUGGAAGUUGUUAUGGCUUUUUUUUGUUGUUGACUGGACAGCUGUGCUGUUUUGGAACGCAAAACACAUGACUUUUGGAUUAAAGUCAAGAACCGAAAUGGAUGAAAUGAAUGUGUCCAAGGAGAACAAAUGUUAUGGAAGCUGUUCUGUAGAUAAUGGGCUUCAUAUUACCAGAAAAAUACUUGGCUGUUCAUCUUAGCCUUCGUAUCAUGUAAUAAAUUGUGCUUACACUCUCUUUAUAAGACUGACAGUAAAGCUGUGCAUGCACCUUCCACUUUUAUAUCACCGGUGCCUCAAGAAUCUGAGAGCACGUCUGAAUGCGUCAGAUCUCGACACUAUAAACAGCCGACAUGAGAUGUCAAUGAUUUUUUUUAUACAAUGCAGCGUUUGUGUGCGACAUUUGAUGUAUCAAAAAAUUCUUGGUUAUACUAAUUUUAUGAUCUUUACAAUACAGUGUGUGUCUGAGUGUCUUGCUCAAGUCUUCUUUAAAUACUUUGUAUAAAUCACACUUUUUUACUUUUUAAAUUUUUAAAUAAUUUGGAUGUGAAUUUGUGCUCUUUUAUAAGGUCAAAUUUGAUUGUAAGGUAUUUGUGUAUAGUAUUUGCUUGACUUUUGGAAAGUACAUACAGGUUUAAAUAUAGCUGGGUCUGUCUUUUUUUGUUGUUAUCUGUUUGAUGUCCCAAUAACCAUCACUUCCAAGCUGUCUAAAUCAUAAGAUCAUUUUUAAUUGACGGUUAGUCCUCAUACUGUACGUCCAAAGCUAUAGUGUAAAUAAAAGUUGAUAUUAAAUAUUACACCAAUUUUGAA